AUGAAAAAGGACGUCACUAGUGCUAUCGCGUGCCUAAAUAUCGGGUUCGAAGAUGUUAUCGAUAAAAUGAACGCGGUGCGGCGCGGCGUGUUGCGAAAUAUGAAAACAUUUUUACUCUUAACCGUGAACGCGACAAACUCGUACGCCGGCCGAUAUGCAACUGUGAACUGGGCCGACGGUCUACUCAAAACAAAACUUAGGCAGCGGCGAUUCCGGUUGUCCGCGCAAUAUCGUCGCUCUUGCUUGCACGCGUGGCCCGUAGCUAAAGUCGUCUUUAUCUUGGCCAAUAUUAUCCGUUUUCGACUGAGUUUGUCCGGUGUCCCAUAA